UCACAUUAUAUUGGACAGUUCUGGUCUAGCCCCAUUAUAUCCAAUCUUAUUUUCCAUUCCUUCCUUCAGCAGGAAAGUUUCUGAGGGUCAGGAAAGAGAAUCUGUACCUAACUCCUUGAACACCAAGGGAGGCAUGGCUGCCUGGGUCACUGUGAGUUAUGGAUUCAGAGAUUCUCAUUAGGGUCUCAGAAUAGUUUCCUGUUUUACCUAUUCAUACCUCUAUUUCUUAUUACCCUAUGAGUACUUUGACCAUAAAAGUAAUAUUAACAAUAGUAAUUAUGUGACCUAAUUACCACCAAAUGUGGUAGUGAUUAUGCAUACUGUUAAAUGUUGAUGAAUUAAUUUUUGUUUCAAAUUUUAUUAGAUUUUAGCACUGCAUAUUCAUGUACACUUACAGUCAGCCACUCAGAUAGCAUGGUCAUACACUCAACUUUAAAAAUUAGAGGGAUCGAUUUAUGAGAACCCUCAAAGCAUAUAUACCAUACAUUUCUUUGCUAGAAUUGUUUUUAACUUUUCAAUAAAUACUAAUAAAUGCUUGUUGAACAACUGAAUUUGUACCAUAUCAAGGAAUUUACUAGUAAGAAAAUGUUUUUUUGUGUUUGGGAUUGCUUUUUAAUAUAAUACUUGGUGUUGAUAAUUCUGGACAUAGUUUUCUUUAUUCUAUACAAAAUUUGAGAUGGCAUGUAACAACCAUACGAUAAAAUUAUGUCAAUACAAGCCGAAUAAACUUAUCAGGAAAAGAGAAUAUCGUAAUAGAUUAUAAACUCAGCAGUUUCUAUAAUUAACUUGCAAAUUUGUUUUGUUUUGAGUUCCAUAAUAGUCAAAGCAGAAUGGUAUACAGGACUUUAUUAUUUGGGAAAAGGAGGUAUACCUGUUAUGCAAAGAAAGCAUAGCUUUUCUUAGCACUGAAUUCUAAAAGCAGUUUCUCACGUGAGUCACUAUCACAAAUAACAUCUUAGUAGCAAGUUCAGUAACAUUUCAUAUGACUACAUCUAGUUAUGUCAUCCAAUGGUUGUUUUUAAUACAGAAAUGAACAAGAGUGUGAUAAAUAAUUGUAUGUUUUGUUUUUUACAGGAAUCUUUGGAAACUAAAAUGAGGCAUAAUCCUCUGUGUUGUGAGACACCAUCUACUGUCACUGUUCAUGUAAAAUCAGGGUCAAAUAGAUCACGUCAGCCUAAAAACCUCAUUAAUCUGAAGCGUCCUAUUUUUAAAGAUAGCUGGCCAGCAUCUGAAAAAAAUGUACAUAAUAACAACAAGUCUAAACGUCCCAAAGGACCCUGUCUAGUUAUACAGCGUCAGGAAAUGACUGCUUUCUUUAAGUUAUUUGAUGAUGAUUUAAUUCAAGAUUUCUUGUGGAUGGACUGCUGCUGUAAAAUUGCAGAUAAGUAUCUUUUGGCUAUGACCUUUGUUUAUUUCAAGAGAGCUAAAUUUACUAUAAGUGAACAUACCAGGACAAAUUUCUUUAUUGCUCUGUACCUGGCUAAUACAGUUGAAGAAGAUCAAGAAGAAUCCAAAUAUGAAAUUUUUCCAUGGGCUUUAGGAAAGAACUGGAGAAAAUUGUUCCCUAAUUUCUUAAAGUUAAGGGACGAACUCUGGGAUAGAAUUGACUAUAGAGCUAUUGUAAGUAGGAGAUGCUGUGAGGAGGUUAUGGCCAUUGCUCCAACCCAUUAUAUAUGGCAACGAGAACGCUCUGUGCACCACAGUGGAGCUGUUAGACACUACAACAGAGAUGAAGUUCAACUGCCCCGGGGACCUAGUGCCACACCGGUAGAUUGUUCACUCUGUGGUAAAAAAGGAAGAUAUGUUAGACUGGGAUUGUCUUCAUCAUCAUCUUCAUCCAGUGAUACAAAGGUGAUGGAGAAACAUUCCGUGAAAUCACACAACUCAUUCUCAAUGGACACAAUAGUUGAUCCUUCUCAUGCUUAUAGCUGUUCUCAAGUAGCCAAUGACCAUCAAUCAAACAAAGAAAAGAAAACUAGUUUCAUGGAGAAAGACAAAUCUAUGGAAUGGUUUACAGGAAGUGAAGAAUGA